UCAUAAGUGUUUUGUGUACUUAAAUCAUGUUUUAGUUUAGCUUAGCUUGCUAACAUAUUUAACGAAUUACUUGAAAAAGAGUUUUUUUUUAAAAUAAGGGUACCUUUUAUAAUUGACUACAUUGAUUUCCACUUUGUGACUGCUGCCAGUUGGCACACUCAGCUGUGCUAAAGCGUGGAGACGAGCAGCUCCAUUAAUUAUGGAGGACACUUUCUGCUGAAUGCAGAGCUGUCAUGGCGCUAAACUCCGCCACGGAGACCCCCAACAAAUGUGUUGCUGUGGAAGUGGAGUUCAAUGACAAUGCAGGUGAAUUGCCCAACGGCUGUGACCAGUUUGCUGUGUUGUAACACUGAUUACUGAUAAGACUUCGGACUCGAGCACCUGGUCCUCCCCCAGGAUACAAGCGAAGCUCUCCCAUAGGUGAGAGAUGAAGACCCAACAACUGGGAGAUUCUGCUAGACGUUCCCAGCACACCCUCACUACACGUUUGGGUUUCCCAGCCUUUAAACCACCCGAGGGGGCUCCAUCCACAUCUGCCGCCCCCCCCAGCAUCAUGCUAACAUCAUCAACACCUGCAGCUCGUCCUCUCUUCCUCCAUUUGUCAUCAGCCACUGGGAGUGAGAGACAGCACCUGAAAAUGAGAGCAGAGACUCAAUGCCAAAUCACGCCCUCGUCAUUGCUGGAAUGACAUCCAGAAAAGGAAGCCUGGAAGGAGGAGGGAGGGCUUUUGGACCGACACUCUUAGACAGGAUCAGGUGGAGCCCACCCCAGCUGACUCUGGGCAAGAGGUGGGGCGACACCCUGAACGGGUUCAAGCAGACACUUUUGUGCUUCUUGCGGCUGACAUUGAUGGGGACUUUGUUGACACGCCACAGUGGCGACGAGCGGAGACAGGAGGCGGAGAGAGGAUGAAGCGAUACGAGGCGGAAGGCUGCAAGCGGCGUUUAUCACCUCCGUGCACAUUGGGGCGCCAGGCGUGCGGCUCAGUUCCGAGGUAUGGGACCAAGUCACGGGGGACCAGACAUCGCCUGGCUCUCAAACUUGAUUACCGAAGCCGAGAUUGCUGCAAAGUGGCCUCCUAGCAGCAGAGUGGAUGCAGUGACUGAUGAGCAGUCUAAUGGCCCAGCCUAAUGUUUCACUGAUGGACACACUCGUCUAAGGAGGCAUUUCCAUUUCGGAGGGAUUCCGGUAGAUGAAUUUUUCCUGGUGGAAAAAGAAAUGCUGUAUUAAAAGCCAGGCUAAAUAUUGGUCAGUGAAAAGACGCCCUCUUCCUGCACGACGUGGAAGUGCAGGUUCUAGUCCCAAGAAGAGGAACAGAGAGGCGUUUAUGUGUCUCUCUCUUUCUCUGUGCAUCUGAGCUCAGCCAAUGUGCGUUCAGUGACGCAGAGCAGAAAGGCAGGAUCUUGUCUUUGGCUCCAGCAUCACAUUUAACACACCCACCCAGAUGCUCACUCGCUAAAAGACGUGCUUUCUCUUCAAGCUGCAACCCCUGGAGGUGUUCCUCUCUCUGUCUCUCCCCGCCUCUCGUUCUUCUUACCUGUCCGGGGAUAGCGGUUGUUUUUGCGUGUGGAUGAUUCGCCACUUGCGGGGACUUUCCUGUGACAUUGAAGUCCGGAUCCAUGGCGUGUGAGGACCCACGAGCGCCUCCGGACAUCCACGUUUAAGGGAUUCGUACUUCAGCGCGUCGGGGCUCCAGAACCUGUUCGCUGCGCACCGCCGAGGCGCAGAGGCGGCCGUGUGACGAGGAUGUGUGGCUUGCGCAAGUCGACCGUUGGUCUGAACCCGCUCGACCCGGGCCACCCGGACUCUCCUUGGUGUUUUUAACCCUUUAAAAUCCACACAAUUCCAGCAAAAAACUGUACUCUGAAAAAAAAAACACCGCUUGAACGCUGAAUCCUCUACUCAAGACGGCAAGUGAAGAUGGGUCCUUGGUGUUUAAUGUGUAUUUCAUUAGACUGGCGUCCAGUCUGAUCAACAUCAUCAGUGAUGUAGUCAGCCUGUGCAUCUGCGUUCUCAUCAUCUGCAGUAAAUACUCACAUCUGCUGAAAAGGGAGACCAUGAAGAUGAUCCUCCUGAGGAAAUUCCGGGUUUUGAUCCUCAUGGUGUUCUUGGUGGCGUGCUCCAUGCACAUCAUGAUAGACCUUCUCCCCAAGCUGGAGAGGCAUGGCACGGACGGAUGCUCCUGCUUGCACACGCCCAGCGAGGAGCCUCGCAGCUGGGCCAAGCAAGGCUGGCCCAACAAGCACACCCUGCGCAUCCUCCAGGACUUCAGCAACGACCCCGCCACCUCCAACGUCUCCUCACAUUCCUUGGAGAAGGUCCCGGUGGCGGGAGACAAAUCUCAAGGAUUCAGGAAGCUGGAGCUCUACGGGCAGCGUGGAGACAGGAAGAGGCAGUUCAUCCAGGACGCCACCGUGAGCAAGAAUACCCCGGUGAAAGGCUCCAGGCUGGCCGCCUUGUAUGAACACCCUUUAUACAAACGGGCCCUGCCGGCCCUCACGGAUGAAGACACGCUGUUUAACGUCAACACGGACAUCCGCUUUGACCCCAAAGCAGCAGAGCGGGAAUGGAACGGCGAAGGCAACCCAGACGAGUUCAGCCCGACCGGAGAGCUGACGGCGGACUCUUAUCCCAACUGGCUACGCUUCCACAUUGGAAUCAAUCGUUACGAACUCUACUCCAGACACAACCCUGUCAUCGACGCGCUGCUGAAGGACCUGGUCGUCCAGAGGAUCACCAGCGUGGCAAUGAAAUCGGGAGGCACCCAACUCAAGCUCAUUAUGACCUUCCAGAACUACGGCCAAGCUCUCUUCAAACCCAUGAAGCAGACUCGGGAACAGGAGACGCCUCCGGACUUCUUCUAUUUCUCUGACUUUGAGAGACACAAUGCUGAGAUUGCGGCCUUCCACCUGGACAGGAUUCUGGACUUCCGCCGCGUUCCCCCUGUGGCUGGCCGACUUGUCAACAUGACCAAGGAAAUUCGAGAUGUCACACGAGAUAAAAAGCUAUGGAGGACAUUCUUCAUAUCACCAGCCAACAACGUGUGUUUUUACGGCGAAUGUUCAUACUACUGCUCCACUGAGCACGCUCUGUGUGGCAAACCGGACCAGAUAGAAGGAUCCCUGGCCGCCUUCCUCCCAGACCUCGCCCUGGCCAAACGUAAAACCUGGAGGAACCCGUGGAGACGCUCGUACCACAAACGCAAGAAGGCAGAAUGGGAAGUGGACCCGGACUACUGCGAGGAGGUCAAACAGACCCCCCCUUACGACAGCGGGACGAGACUAUUGGACAUAAUGGACAUGACUAUCUUUGACUUCCUCAUGGGAAACAUGGACAGACAUCAUUAUGAGACCUUUGAAAAGUUUGGAAAUGAGACGUUUAUCAUUCAUCUGGACAACGGCAGAGGGUUUGGAAAACAUUCUCAUGACGAGAAGUCCAUUCUGGUUCCGCUGACCCAGUGCUGCAGGGUACGCAAGUCGACACACUUGCGUCUGCAGCUGCUGGCUAAGGAGGAAUACAAGCUGUCCACGCUGAUGGCGGAGUCCCUGGUGAGGGACCGCCUCAGCCCCAUCCUCAUCCAGCCACACCUGGACGCCAUGGACCGUCGCCUACGCCAGGUUCUGCUGGCUCUGGCUGAAUGCAUCGAAAAGGAGGGCUACACUUUCGUGGUGGAAAACGACCUCCAAGAGGACCAAUGGCCCGACCACACAGGACCGAGAAGGAGGUAGCUGGCCGAUGGACUAGAAGCUUAAUGGGACUGGAACCUGAAGUCCUGGAACUUCCUCCUGAUGUGAACUGAAUAGUGUCAGACCAGACCCAGACGCCUAAAGGUCAGAACCUGCUGACAUGUGACAGAACUUGUGACAAAACGGUGAAGCGGAUCUGAGUCUCGAGUUGUUUCUCAUCAAACAAUCUUCACGUAGAACAGCAUCACAGCAGAUGCACGAGACGAUGAUGGGUGAGAAGUCUUCUCUUUUGUCUUCUUCUGGACCUUUUUUUGAAUUCAGUGAAUUCUGAGGGACUUAAAAAUGCUCUCCCGGCUGAAUAAUAUGUUUCUACGUCCUGCUGGCAUCACAAAUGGAGAAGGAGAAGCCAGUUUGGUUUCUGAAGACUUCAUGAUAUAGAAAUAUUUUUUGGUGGAUUUACAGUAAAAUCUCUGUUAUUUUGUUUUCUAUCAUGGCUGUUCAGGCUUGGAAUUAUUUUCAUUGGAGUGCAGGUUAACUCCCGGAUUUGCCCGUCAAUGUCCUUGAGAAAGUAUUUAUUUAAAAUCAUAUUUAUUGUUUGAAAUUAAUCGGUACAAAACCAGCCUCAUGUGGUUGAAAAAUAACGUUACACCACAGUGGUGUUCUUCCUUAUUUGUCCACAAGAGGGAGACAGUACUGCGUGCAAAAGCAACGACUAGCAAGACGGGACAUGCAACAAUUUACAUAUUUCAUCAAGCAUAAAAACUGGAAUUAAAAUGGCUAAUAUUGAUGAGCAUGUUUACACUUUUUUUGUCUGUUCCCAACCACUGUUUAUUUUCUUAUGUUUCAACGUAACCUUCAACAACAGCAGCAGCCACAAUAUUAGGUACACGUCCGCAAUCUAUUGAGAUCCAAUAGAGAAUAUGACAAUAUGUUUAUUAUUGUAGUAAAACUACGCAGUAUCACACUGAGAGCUGUUUAUAAUUCUUGUAUUGCAUAUAAAUAGAUUGCGCAGGUGUACCUAAUGUUGUGUCCAGUGAGUUUGGAGUUUGGUACCAAAAGUCCAGUGUUACACAAAUGGUUUUAUAUUAUUGUUGUUUUGUAAUAUAAUUCCAGUCCAGAUGUUGUGAAUAGGGAUGCUCCGAUCGAUUAGCCACCCACUGAUCAAUGUCAUACGAUUUUUUUUGAGGAAGCACGUUAUGGGUACACGCCGAUAAAUGCCUUUCAUCGCCGAUCACAAAUUCCUGCUAGAAUAAUUUUAUGGAUUUCUUUUUCAUAUCAUAUAGACAAUAGCAGUAUGUUGUAUGUGUGUUUUUAUAUGUACCUAUUUUUUUGGGGAGCUCCCAUAGACAGCACUACAGCACAAUAGCACUCAACAUUAAUACAUAAAAAAUAUACAAUCUCCAGUAUGUGAUCGGUAUCAGCCGAAUUCACUCACGGAUGAUUGGAAUCGGAAGCAUAAACCCACGAUCGGAGCAUCCCAAGUUGUGAAAAAAUUCUUUUCGGGGAUGUAAAUUUCAUUCAUGAACAGCAGCUUAACGGCUGAGCUGUUGGUGCCAAUGCUUGCGUCUUUGGCUCAAAUUUAAUAUAUACCAUAGGAAAUUCUAGUGCCUGUGCAAUGAUAGAAAUACUUGAAUGUCUGGUUUCACAAUAGCCCAAAAUGGCUGUCGCAGCUCCUUCCCGGUAAAGAUAAGAUGGGGAGGUCUUUGUUUGUAGAAGCGAGCGCUGACUCCAUCGGUUCCAUGAAAUGUUUUUUACGGCCAUGUGUCAAUACUGUGUGUGUGUGUGUGUGUGUGUGGGAGUGGAUGGAGUCCAUGGAGAACAUGUUAUUCAAGUUCAUCAGCAGCACAUUGUUUGUGUUUUGUUUAUUUUCAUUUUUAUGCAUCAUGGUUAAAGUGCAAUAAAACGAAAUAAACCAAAGUCCUGUUUUUUGUUCCAACUAAGGAAUAGUAUAAAAACUGUCUA